AUGAUCAAACCGCUCAGGGUGCAUGCAAGUGGCUGUGGAAGAAACCGGGGAUGGAAAAUGUACUAUAAACGCUGUCGGAGAAGUCUGUACAGAUUGCUGUGAAUCUCUGAGUGAAGAUGGCCUUCUUUCAGAACAACUUCUGGGGGGAGAAGAAUGCCGGCUUUGACGUGCUCUACCACAAUAUGAAGCAUGGCCAGCUGGCAACCAAGGAGCUCGCCGAGUUUGUCCGUGAGAGGGCUGCCAUUGAGGAGACCUACUCCAAAUCAAUGAGCAAACUGGCCAAGAUGGCUAGCAAUGGAAGUCCACAGGGGACGUUUGCUCCCAUGUGGGAUGUGUUCAGGGUGUCCUCAGACAAACUCGCCCUCUGCCACCUCGAGCUGAUGAGAAAGAUGAACGAUCUCAUCCGUGACAUCAACAAGUACGGAGACGAGCAGGUCAAAAUUCACCGCAAGACAAAGGAGGAGAUGGUGGGGACAGUGGAGGCUGUGCAGGCGCUGCAGGUGCAGAGUGGUCACCUUCAGAAGUCAAAGGAGGGUUAUCAUGCCAAGUGUUUGGAGCUAGACCGACUCAGGAAGGAGGGAGCUCCACAGAAGGAAGUGGAGAAGGCGGAGCUGAAGUCUAAGAAAGCGGCUGAGUCAUUCGCAGUGUGCAUCGAGAAGUACAACCGUGUGGGAGGAGAGUUUGAGCAGAAGAUGAGCGAGUCUGCCCAGAAGUUUCAGGAAAUUGAGGAGACUCACCUGCGGCAGAUGAAACAGCUGAUCAAAGGUUACUCCCACUCCAUAGAGGACACCCAUGUUCAGGUGGGGCAGGUCCACGAGGAGUUCAAGCAGAAUGUGGAAAACAUCGGCAUCGAUAACCUCAUCCAGAAAUUUGCGGAGCAGAAGGGCACAGGCAAAGAGCGGCCAGCUCUGGUUGGUUUCGAGGAGUACAUGACGGCUUUGGCGCCUGAAGGUGGGAAGAAGAGUCGAGCAAAAGCAUUCAGGAUCCCCGGCCUGGGCAAGAGGGACAAGGAGCCGGACUCUACGGAUUCGGCUGUGACAGAGGCACCGAAUUCACCCCUGGAAGUGGACGACGAAGGAUUUGUCAUCCGAGCCGACAGCACCCAGAAUGGCUGCUCUGAUGAGAAGGACAACAACUUCUACUCCAGUGAUUCAGAUUUCGACGAUGAGGAGCCCAAAAAGUUCCACAUCCAGAUCCGACCGGUCGCCAGCAGCAAUCGUAGCAACACCGCCGCCACCGAGAAGGAGCUGAAAGCCACCAUUGGGGCGCUCACCCUGCCGCCCAACCGGGGUGUACGGCAACAGGUGUCAGUCAAGCGGCAUCUUUCCAGAAACUCCAGUACUGCAGGAGGCCGAUCAGAAGAAGGCGAAGCUGCCUCCCACAGGGAUGGAGAGCAGGAGGGCCUACGCAGGUCCACCUCCAGUCCCGAUCACAGCAGGUUGAGCUCAACCGCGUCCGGCUCAGACAGUCUGUUCGGACCCCCGCUGGAGUCGGCCUUCAAGUCCAAAAGUUUUGAUGGUCGGGAACAACUCAGAGAGCAGAGCACUUUUGGUGCCUCUGAAUAUGCUGCCUUCUCGUCUGACUCCUCCUCUCCCGAGAACGUUGAAGACUCAGGUCUGGACUCGCCUUCCCAUCAACCCCUCGGACCCUCCCCUGAGCCGGUGGGUUGGGCAGCGUGGCCUCCUGUGUCACAGAGUAAAGACCAAACCCAAACGCUGGGACGACCUUCGGACCCUUUCCUCUCCGCUUUCCGUGACCCCUCCCCCGGUCGCAGCCCUCUCCCACAGGAUGACCCCGCCAGCGUCUGGUCCGUCGCCCCAUCACGCCCCUCUCGUGUCCCCCCAGAUAUGGACCCCUCGUCGAUGCGGUUCCCUGCCUUCUCUCAGUCCCUCCCCCCGCCUGAGAUGGAGUCGUCGGUGUGGAACUGUAAACACAUCCCCCCUGAGGACCCCUUCCUCGCCGCAUUUGAGAGGACCGUCACCCAGGAGACCUUAAACCUGUCUGAUGCUUGGGCGCGCCCACCGCCUCGCCCUAACCAGGAGGGCAGGGGGAUGGAGGCGCGAGGUGACCCUUUCUCCAUUACCCUCGCCGACACUAAGACACUCCCAACCUCCUCCUCCUCCUCGUCAUCCUCCUCCAAUCGCAAAGACAGAGACAGGAAACGAGACCGCAGCCUCCCGCCUCCCGUUUCCUCCGAUGACCCAUUCGCCAUCACGAUGAUUGGCAGCCCAACGCACCAGUCGUCUCUGGCUGCAGCAGCUGGAUUAAUCCCUCCGCACAGCAGCAGCAGCAACAGUAGUGUGGGCGGCGGCUCUGUCAACAGCAAUAGACUGGGACUCGAUGCUAAUUCAGGCUCUUUGCCCACGGCCCAGACAAAGAAGGAGCUGAUGCACUGGAACUCUGUCCACAACCCGUUUAGCGAGAGCGUCUCUGGAGCGCUGAGCAGCUCCAAAACACAGGAAGGAGGAGGAGGAAAAGGAGAGGGAGGGGCAGGAGGGGAGAGGAGAAAACAUCGAUCAUCAGAAAGUGAGCCACGCAGGAACGCCCCUCCGCUCACAAGGCAUUCAGGCCCACAGGAGGAUCUGUGUUUUUCUACAGACAAAGACCAAGACUGUCUGGAUCUGAACACUCACAUACCCUGCGGCGUCAGCUCGCACAAGGGGUCCAAGCAUAACUUCAGACAGGACACAUCUGAAGUGGUUGCAGCUGCUCCUCAGAGAGCGACCCGGGCCAAGAGGACUUCAGGCCGACUCAGCGGCUGUGAGAGAUCCCGGUCCCUGUGCUCCUCCCCACUGCCGGAGCCCAGCCCAUCCCUCACCUCCUCCUCCUCCUCCAGUCCCAGUGAGUGGGGGCCUCAGGCUAGAGAUGGCGAGUGGGGGGGUCAGAACCGAGCUCCCAGUCCUGCCAGGGCAGGACAAGCCUCGCCGCUGCCAUACCAGCACCAGGACCACCAGCAAAGACAGUUGCACCUGUCGAGAGGUCCCAGUCCCAUUUCCCUCAGCACACAGGAGGCCUGGCCAGUGGCAGCAGCCAUCACUGAGUAUAUCAAUGCCUACUUCAAAGGUGGACAACACAACCGCUGUCUGGUGAAGAUCACAGGCGACCUGACGAUGUCCUUCCCAGCAGGCAUCACCAGGAUUUUCACAGCCAACCCCAACGUUCCCGUUCUCAGCUUCAGGCUGGUCAACAUCUCGAGGAUCGAUCAUUUCCUGCCGAAUCAAAAGCUGCUCUACAGCGAUCCAUCUCAGAGCGACCCAGACACCAGAGACUUCUGGUUCAACAUGCAGGCCCUGCAGAUCUACCUGCAGAGAGAAGCUGAACUCAACCCUCAGGCCUCUUACUACAAUGUCGGCCUGCUGAAAUAUCAGGUGUCGUCUCAGGACCCGGGCCGGGCUCCUCUCCUGCUGUCGGCCGAGUGCCAGCGGAGUGGCACGGUGACCCGAGUGUCCCUGGAUUAUCACUGCUGCCCCGCUACGGCACCCUCCACCCAGCUCACCGCUGUCCAGGUGCUGCUGCCUUUGGACCACACCGCCACUGACUUACAGUGCCAGCCGCCUGCCUCCUGGAAUGCUGAAGAAAGACGGCUGCUGUGGAAACUCCCGAACCUCUCCCCGACCAACCACAGUAAAGGCUCAGGGACUCUGUGUGCCAGCUGGCAGUGCCUGGAGGUUCCCCGCGGCCCUCCACCCAGCCUGGCGGUCCAGUUUGUGGGCUCUGGGGCCUCGCUGUCGGGCAUGGACGUGGAGCUGGUUGGCGGCCGCUACCGCAUGUCGCUGGUCAAGAAGAGAUUUGCCACAGGGAAGUACAUGGCAGGCUGCUCCUUGUGAAUCGAUGUACCGUCGCUGGACGUUCUGAGAACUUUGCACUUUUCGAGUCGAAGGCCGGAGAGAUAAUUGGCGGUAAGAGACUAAACAGGAGAGGAGGCUCCUUCACUCAGACUUACAGCUCAGCCUUGAAGGACAAUGUGCACUUAACUUCUGAUGGUGUCCUGCUGUUUUAGGACCAAGCCUUUUACUUCUUCUUCUUCAUUUCCUCUAAUUUAAGUUGUGUGUUGUACACUCAAGUUGUCCUGCCUUUUCCUGGAGGGAAAGUCUUUUUCUAUUGAAUCUCCUCUGUCCACGUUGUGUUCUGUGUGCCUUUGUAGGUAGAGACUGCAAACUAAGCUAGAUGUCAGAACUUUUCUUGAAUUACAGAGGAAAGGAAAAAGUGUGAAAAAAAGUUAAGCAUAUUACUGUGUUGCCAUGGAAACUAGGAUUUUUAAAUUAUGUAAAUACUGUAUCGCUAAAGCAUCCUGAAGGAUUGAACGAAUUAUUUGUGAGCAAAUAUCUUCUACCAAACCUUAGGAAAAAAAGAAAUGUUUGUAAAUCUACUGUUUGUUCCAAUUAGAGGUUUUGUGAUGUUGAUAUUUGAUAAAAAAUAAAUGUGCUCAAAUCCUCCUUUUGGUUUACACCAAUUUAUUACACAUUGUGACCAAGUACAAAAUACAGCUGAACUAUGCAGUUUAUUACAGACCAUCAUCUGUCCUUGGGCUAGUUAAAGUGUAGUCAAGAACAGGUUUAAAAAUACACAAAAAUAAGGGUUCAGUAUACUUGUAAGAAGAACCAAAUCUAGUUCAAUAAAAAAUAAUCCUCCGCCAAAAAUCUAAAACAGCCUUACAAAACAUUACAAAGUACACAUAGAAAUUACUUUUUUUUUCUCCAAAGCACUUGAAGGCAAAUUACUGUGACAGGCACCAGUUACAAAAAGCCUUAAAUAACUCAAGCUCAAGGAUUCUCUUCGCUACAACAAAAUCAUCUGAGAGGGAGGGGGGCAAGGAGAAGGGGAAAAUUAAAUCAACCAAACCAGUUUCAACACAAAGCUGAUGUCAAUCAAAUCAGAAUAGUUGAUAUAAAUAGAAAUUUCUCUCGUGACAAUUUAAUAGCGUACUCGGGCGCCAAGUAGCACCACUGUAAUAACUGAAUUUCAUACACUGAACAAUUGAGGUUGGAAACAAAUUUUAUGACACACACCAGUCUAAUCAAUUACACAUCAAAGCAUUUUCUUCUGAUACAAUGUGACCGACCAAGUACAGUGUGAGGAGAGAGAUCAGGCAAAGACCGAAGGCCACAGAGCACACACUUUCUACGCCAUAUAAAGAUAUAUAUAUAAUUUAUUAUGGACAAAUUCUCCAAAUAACGCACUGUAUUUUUCUAUCUAGUUCAAACAGAACAUAAGACUUUAUCUGAGUAACAGCAUGAGGUUAAAGUAUCUAAAGUUGGGGAGCAUGGGCUGGCUCAGAUGCCAACGACAUUCUGUUCAUGUGUAAGGGUUUUGGUUUUACAGGUCCAAAGCUCUAAUGUCUAUUGAUUUAUCUUCCUUAGGUGAAAUGUACAACCACUUCUUUUUUUUUCCUUUUUUUUUUUUUAAAUCAGGAAAUGAGGCUCAAUGAGACAGACCAGAUUCCAGUUUAGGUUUAAACAUCCCAUCUCCAUUAAGCUGAUUGUUCUGGAUUUGUUCCCAACUCUGUGGCAGCAGAGUAAACUACCACAGGUCUACACAUGCUGCUGAAUUCGGAGUGAACAGCACAGGGGGGAACUAUCACAGGAUUGAAACCAUUUGGAGGAACGUGGAGAACUAUUUACAUGAAAGGAAACCAGAGUGGGAGACACAAACCGCAACAGUGGCUACAUUUUUUUUUUUUUUAAUACUUGCCUCAUGUCAUCUGAGCCUAAUGGAGCACAGCAUAGAAAUCUAUUGAGGUAAACAAACCAACAUCUUACACACAACCAAGGUAAUAGACUUCCCUGCCUUCCUGACUAUGAGGC